CGAGCAGUCGUGCUUCGUUACUAGUUCCUCAAUAGCCGCACUCACCACGCGACGCGGAGCCGGAACGCUGUCAGUCUUGUCGCUGACUCGGAGACUUCAAAGAGAUCAGCCAUGGGGUCUUCUAAUGGCAAGGCAGUGGAGUCGAGUGACAGGGUCGUAGUGACCCCCGGAAGGUCAAAACCAAGGAGCACAAGUCGAGUGCGAUGGACUGUCGGGCUGUUAGUUCGGCUCACCAUUUGGUACUUUCUCUUGACGCCGUUCUUCCGCUGCCCGUCCAACGUAGCCGAAUUGACGGACUCUUCGCCCCGUAUUUGCAAGCCAUACUUGGUAGCCAGGUCUUAUGUCGAGCCUCACGUUAUUCCUCACUACAACGCCCACGCGGCGCCUUAUGUUGACGCGGCGCGCCCCUAUAUCCGUAUAAUCAACGAGAAAGUUUACACCCCGGCAUCGAACAUUGCAAAACAGGGUUACGAAACUUAUGGUGCCCCAGCGCUGGAUCGGGCUCAGGCUUAUGGCCAGCAGCAAUGGGACGCGAAUAUUGUCCCUCAUGUCCAGGUUGCAAAGGGUAAGGCAACUGAUUGGUAUGAAGCUCAAGUGGCGCCGCAUGUGGAUCAUGUCGUGGCAAUUCUGUCUCCGUACUACAAUAAAGUUCACCGAGCGUACUGGACAGCCGUGGACGGGUACUUUUUACCGUUUGCCGCAAAGUAUCAGCCUUACAUUGGAAAGACCUACACGUCGGGCCAGGAGAUCUUGACGACGACUAUUUUGCCUCACGCUCACAAUGCGUGGUAUUUAACGGUUCAUUUCGUCAAUCACUCACUAUGGCCCAGGAUUUACAGCCUGUACUCGGAGAAUGUGGAGCCUCAGCUUGUGAAAAUUGGCCAGAGGCUCGCGAGUUAUCGGGAGGGAAAUCGCUUGCGGGGCGUUGCGGACGAAGUGGAAAGUUCCGCGGUGUAUUCUACCGUUUCCUCUUCCAGCUCAGUGAAAUCUCGAUCGCCUACUGCGAAUUAUGUUCCUGAGUCUACGCCCACUCCUUCACUUUCACCCUCAGAGCUGGCAGCGCAAAUCCGCGAUAAGAUUUCGUCUGACCUUGUAACCUGGAAGGAACGAUUUGCUUCGGCCUCUGAGAAGGGCGUCGAGAAUCUCGAGAGUCGUGUGGUUGAAAUUGUCGAUACCUACUUAGCGGACGGAGCACAAUCCGAGGGUGAGAAGCUUGUAAUGGCAUUGGAAACCGUCGUGGAAGAGCAGACAGCCGCCAUCAAGAGCCGUAUCAAUGCGCUGACUGAGUCUCUGCCAUCUACUGACGCUCCGGCGGAAGAAGAAACCGCGGUCGAGGAACUACUAAAGGGCGUUCGAAACUCUGCCGUUAUCAUCAGAGACCGAGCUCACACCCUUAGGGAGUGGCACGUCUCAUUUGAGGAAGAGCUUAUUCGAAAGGUUUCAGUCGCAGUCAACUCUACGCUUGCUGUUCUCGAUGACGUCCGGGAUCUCGGACUACAAGAAAUUGGCAUGAGGUGGGCCCUGAUGGAUGGCGUCACGUACAAAGAUUGGGAGGAUUAUCACUCUCUAAAGGAGGAAUUCGAGGAUUGGAAAGCCAAAUUCCGUGAGGUUGGACUGCAGCAUGCACGAAUUGAGGCUGUCAAAGAGGCCGCAGACGGAAUCCUUUCACGUGGAAUGGAUGUUGCCGAAGCCGCAGCGAAGGAACUCGCUAGAUUGAAGGAAGUCGGCCGCUGGAAGAUCGCAGCCCGGGAAGUCAGUGAUGACUUUGACACCAGACUGGAGCCUCCGCCGCCUCUCUCGAAGCCUGCCGUCGAAGACGAAGAUAUACCAGUGGUGCAAGAAGAAGAUCAGGACUUCAUUGAAGCCGAAGAGAACCCGCCCGAGGUAAACUACACUGUUGCUGAAUCUGAUACCGAAACGGAUAGCGAGUCGUCAGAACUUUUUGAAGGUGAGGAAGAUGACUCGGACUCUGUGUCGGAAUUUACGGUUUUCUCUGAAGAGUCCAUCGACGGUGACAACGGACUCGACGGCGAAGCUCUAAAGCCUGAACAUGCAGCUGCUCCUGAAUUUAACAACACUUUUGGAGCUGCUGCCGCCGCAGUGCUGCUUGAGAAAGCCGCUGCCGACUUAGAUAAUGCAGAUCAUGACGAAGUUGUUGACGCUGAGGCAACUAAAAUUUCCGAGGCACUAUCCCAGUCGUUGGGAAUCGAGAAUCCCGACACAGAACCUACACCAAGUCAAGCACCUAUCCGACGAAAGCAAUCCAUGGAAGAUCUUCUCUCCCACAUACUCGCCGAUACGGACCCUGCAUUUGCUGAUAAAAUCCUAAAGAGGCUCAAUGCUAUCUACGAGACCCCGCAACCGAGUCCAAAUACUCAGGCUUCGGUUGAAGAUUCAGAAGAACCAACACAACCUGCAAAUGCUGCUGAAGAUCAAUCUGCGCAAGGUAAUCUCUAAUCACUGAGGUUUGGGGUCGCAUGGAUGAAUUUAUACUUUUAUACUCCUUGUCUAUUGCUUCAGUCUUGCUUUCUUGGAUCCUGAUUAUUCCCCACAUAGUUCCCCAUGAUAUCAUGACAAAAUUAUAUGGCUAUGAUGAGUUUCGCUUUGCAAUCGUUAAUAUUGUUCAAUUAAUUCUACCUUGGCUGCGUGUUGUGCAAUUUUUCGCUUGUGCCGCAGCUAGCUUGACGUAGUGUUUCCUUACUUCUUCUAUCUUAUUUGGGUGGAUGCUGCCAAUCCCCAUUCAUUGAAUUGCAAAGAUACUUAUCUUCGAGUUGGGAUAUAUAUAAGUCAAUAUCCAUAGUGCACACUUUUAC